AUGUCAUCAUUUGUAAUCAAGUAUAUUACCAAUAGAGUGUUUAAAGAUAACCAAUGGACUAGGUUUGGGGUGGAAGAUCCGUAUUAUGAAUAUGUACCAAUUGAUGUAAGGAAGAAUGAAAAAGUGCAAUAUAAGAAAAUUCCUAGGAGAGUUCCAGAUGGAUUAUCAAAGAACGAUGAAACAAUAUUGCAUAAAGUAAAGAAGAAGGCAUAUAGGUAUGACAUGUGGUUUUCUUUUUUAGGAAUCAAGUUUGGUUUUACUAAUGUGGUUGGUAUAAUUCCGAUUGCUGGAACUGUCGUUUCUACCUAUUGGUCAUUGACUCUUUUACAGACAGCAAGACAAUUGGACGAUGGAUUGCCGUUGGACUUGCAAUUGUUGUUUUUGUUAAAUAUUGUAAUCGACUUUUUGUUAGGAUUGAUACCAAUAGUUGGUGAUAUAAUUGAAGUGGGCUAUAAAUCGAACCUGAGAAACUUUCUCUUGUUGGAGAAGCAUUUGACUCGAGUUGGAAAGAAGAACAUGGGUAUUAUUGGAGAAGACGAGGUGAGACCGAACUUCAUUAAUGAUAAAAUUCAACCGUUUGUGGAUACUAAAGUGAAGCCUGGUGCCAUUAAGGCCGGGGAACAAAUAAAGUCGUAUAUACAUUCGGGAUCUGAAUCCCCUAAUGUUUCUGCAUUACGCUCUCUGCCUGCAACUAUACAAACACACCCAACAACAGUGACUACUUCUUCAUACGAAAGUCCUCUUUCGCUUAGAGGAGAGAAGAAUGACAGGUCUAGUGAUGAUACUAAGUCUAUAAGAAGCUUAUCUUCCACCUUAGGUAAAAAGGUUGAUAGUGUUGAAUCAGAUGCAGAUGAAAAGUUUUUGUCUCACCAUGUUGUCAAUCAAUAA